AGGUUGUUAAGUCUAGGAACUUCAACACUGUGUCGUUAAACCUUUAAUGGAGAGGGUAUGAUCAGGUGCAUUGCUACCCAUGUCCAUGAGCAACAAAAAGCUACCAUCUUUAACCUCUAACUUCCAUCUGAUCACUACUAUAAUCAAACAUUCUAUUCAGAGGGGCCAAAACACCCCAACAGACGUAAAUCCAACCCUAUGGCUCUAUCCAGAGGGGCAAAAGGCCCCACCAUUUUAGCCACGAAUCUCAUCAAGUCCUACUUUGAGAAGGGCUUGGUUGAUGAAGCACGGGUGCUGUUCGAUGAAUUGCCUGAGAGAGACGUGGUGGCAUGGACUGCCAUGAUUGCAGGAUUCAGUUCACGCAAUUAUCAUGUUCAUGCUUGGAAUGUGUUUUGUAGUAUGGUGAAGAUUGGGGUACAACCCAAUGCUUUUACUCUGUCUAAUGUGUUGAAGGUUUGUAAAUGCAUGAAGAGUGUUGCUUGUGGGGGCUUGGUUCAUGGGAUGGCUAUAAAACAUGGGUUGGAAGGGUCUAAUUAUGUGGGUAAUGCACUUAUGGACAUAUAUGCUGCCUCUUCUGGUAGCAUGGAUAAUGCAUGCAUGAUUUUUAGGGAUAUGAAAGAAAAGAGUGAGGCGUCUUGGACUACCCUCAUUGCUGGGUACACUCAUAGAGGUGAUGGCUAUAGUGGGCUCCAAGUCUUCAAGGAAAUGUUACUGGAGGAAGCAGAAUGGAAUCCUUAUAGUUUUUCGAUUGCAGCCAGAGCUUGUGCCACAAUUGGCUCACGAACUUUAGGCAACCAGAUACAUUCGGUAGUACGUAAAAGUGGGUUGGGAUCCAAUCUUCCUGUUAUGAAUUCUAUACUAGACAUGUAUUGUCGGUGUGGUUGUUUAUCUGAGGCAAAUCAAUACUUCAAUGAAAUGAGUCAGAAAGAUUUGAUCACAUGGAACACCUUAAUAGCUGGUUAUGAAAGACUAGAUUCCAGUGAGUCCCUUCGUGUAUUUUUGGAAAUGGAGCUAGAGGGUUUUGUUCCAAAUUGCUUCACAUUUAGCAGUGUUACUGCUGCCUGUGCAAAUUUGGCAAUAUUGAAUUGUGGGCAACAGGUUCAUGGAAGCAUUAUUCACAGAGGCUUUGAAGGCAACCCAGAGCUAGCAAAUGCACUGAUUGACAUGUAUGCCAAGUGUGGCAGCAUAGCCGAUGCACGCAAAAUUUUUAGUGAAAUGACUCACAGAGAUUUGGUCUCUUGGACUUCUAUGAUGAUUGGGUAUGGGGCACAUGGAUAUGGAAAAGAGGCAAUUGAGUUGUUUGAUGAGAUGAUCAGGUCAGGUAUCAAACCAGACAGGAUUGUCUUUGUGGCAGUUCUGAGUGCAUGCAGCCAUGCUGGACUUGUGGAUGAAGGCUUAAGGUAUUUCCAAUCAAUGAGGAGUCUUUAUAAUGUCACCCCAGAUCAGGAGAUAUAUGGGUGUGUUGUGGAUUUACUAGGGCGUGCUGGGAAAAUUGAGGAAGCUUAUAGAAUGAUACAGUGUAUGCCAUUUGAGCCUGAUGAAUCUGUUUGGGGUGCACUUCUUGGUGCUUGCAAGGCACAUAGACUCCCAAAAUUGGGGAAACUAGCAGCUUGGAGGGUAUUGGAUAUGAAGCCAAGUAUGGUAGGGACUUAUGUGAUGCUGUCAAAUAUCUAUGCUCGAGAAGGUAAGUGGGCAGAGUUUGCGAAAUUUAGAAAGUUGAUAAGAGGAAUGGGAAACAAGAAAGAAGCAGGACAGAGUUGGAUUGAGGUAAGAAAUGAGGUUUAUAGCUUUGUUGUUGGUCAUAAGGUCGGCUCUCAUAUAGAUUGCGUGUACAGAGUUUUAGAGUUGUUGAUUCUGCAUAUGCAAGAAGCAGGUUAUGUGCCUGAUCUAGAUUGUUUGAUGCAUGAUUUAGAAGAUGAAACUUAAAGAAAAGGGAAGCUAACAAGAUCAGAAGACUUCCUUAUUUAUACCAACAUUGUGGCUGAAGAUAAUUUGAUAGUGAUGAAAAACCCUGAUGUUAGGUAGUAUGGAGACAGAAUAAUUACCAUUACAGUGGGAUUUUCUCUUGAGAAGAGGUUUGAGUUGGUUGGUUUCAACCACAGGAAAGCGAAAAAAAAAAAACGAAAAAUAAAGAAAAGUCCUACAG